CGAGAAGUCUCUGCCGAGUGGGCAUCGUUCACCCAAGAAACAAGGUUAACCUAACGUUCAGUGGAAAAACCAGUGAACCACAACUCUUCCCAACUAUUCACUCCCUCACAAGCACUCCCGUACUCCCAAACAGCCCCGUUAUACAACGUUCUCGGUUAAUAUCAUAGACAAUCAGAAAAACGCCUCUCAGGGUUCCCUAGGGCCAAGCACCUCAAGGACUAUGCCAGCGUUUUUGACAUUCUGAAACCCUAAACCGAAAGCUCAGGACUGUUGGAAAAAAAAAAAAAAAAAAGAGUUAUGGAGGGAGUGCUCUCAGCAGACAAGCAGAACAUGGUGUCAUCUUUUUUAGAGAUCGCCGUUGGCCAGACCGCCGACACCGCGCGACAGUUCUUGCAGGCCACAGGUUGGAAGCUUGAGGAAGCUAUUCAGCUGUUCUUUGUGGGUAAUGAAGGCGGGCCUGUGGUUACGACAUCACACUCUCAACCUGAAGAAAAUAUCAACUAUUUGGCUGAACAACAUACUGGUAAUUCCGAAAGUGACACUGGAAAUGUAAAUGUUGGGCAAAAUGAUGGAGAUGAAGUACGCCCUCCUCUACCUGUCAUAAGGGAGGCUCUUUAUGAGGAUGCAAUGUUGUACGGAGCAUCAAGGAUGGGAUAUCCGUCACGUGAACCAAGUUCAUUAAUUGCAUUCCGUAAUUUUGAUGAGGAAAUGAAGCGCCCUGAGGUCUGGGAAUCGGACCAGGGUGCUUCAUCUACAUCUGAUAAUCCUCGAGAUAAUCUUGCUUCUUUAUACCGUCCUCCCUUUCAUCUGAUGCUCCAUGGACCCUUUGAAAAGGCAAAAGAUGCUGCUUCUGUCCAAGACAAAUGGCUCCUCGUAAACUUGCAAUCAACCAAGGAAUUCAGCUCGCAUAUGCUUAAUCGGGAUACAUGGGCAAAUGAAGCUGUUUCUCAAACUAUAAGUACCAAUUUUAUCUUCUGGCAGGUCUAUGAUGAUACAACUGAAGGCAGAAAGGUUUGCACAUAUUACAAGUUGGAUUCAAUUCCCGUUGUGCUCGUUAUUGACCCCAUAACAGGUCAAAAAAUGCGCUCGUGGUGUGGAAUGGUACAACCUCAGCGAUUGCUAGAGGAUCUGUUACCUUUCAUCGAUGGUGGCCCAAAGGAUCAUCACAUAACCUUGUCUAAUAAACGUCCAAGAGAAAGUUCAUUGACUUCUCCUCAAAAAAAUAAAGAUCAAACAAAUGAAGAAGAUGAGGAACUGCAACGAGCAUUGGCAGCUUCUAUGGAAAGCACGAAAGAUUUCCGUGGGGUGACUGCUGAAAACAAAGAUGUAACUGUUACUGAUGAGGAGGAAACAUCCUCUAAGAAGCCAAAAUAUCCACCUCUGCCUGAUGAGCCCAAGGGUGAUAAGAACCUCCUUUGUAGGGUUGGAUUCCGUCUUCCAGAUGGACGCAGAGUCCAGAGAAAUUUCUUCCGUGUUGAUCCAAUACAACUACUGUGGUCAUUUUGCUAUUCUCAACUAGAAGAAGCCGACACAAGGUCAUUUCGCUUGACCCAAGCAAUACCGGGAGCGACAAAGUCUCUGGAUUAUGAUAGCCCAACAACAUUUGAGGAGUCGGGGUUGGCAAACUCCAUAAUCUCAGUUACUUGGGAGUGAAGAACGUUAUGCUGGGGACUGUUUGUGGAGUUUCUUCGAUUGGAAAGAAUUGUGCAUUGAAGAGUUUUGGUUUGCUUUAUUUAGUUGCUUGUUGCUUGCUUCGCUUUUUGUUUACUCCCAAGUUAGGAGCAUUCUUAAAUUAUAUACUAUUAGGUUGUAACAGACUCACUCACACUUUUAAACAUGAAAAUUAUUUAUGUCCUUUAUAUGGGGAACACGAAUCUCUUCGUUUAUAGUA